CUUAAUUUUUCGGUCUCCGUUAUACUAUUAAUUAACUGCUUGUUUCGUGCCAAAUGAGCUUAGUCUACAAGAGUUUCCCAAUUUUACACUAAUUUGUUGUUUUUAUUUUUUAUUUUCUACAGUAAUCGUCAUUCAAAUUCAGAGGCAACAAUGGCAACAUCACCAAAAGUGGAGUCUUUCUUGCAAAACUGGAAGAAGAUAUUUGUAGCAUCAUGUCUAUUUGCUGUUCUGCUGGAUCCAUUGUUUCUCUACAUUCCUAUGAUGAAGGAUGAUAUCAAGUGCAUGAUGUCUGACAGAAACUUGAAGAUUGCCGCUCUUCUUUCAAGAUCACUCACUGAUCUUCUCUAUAUAUUUGAUAUUAUUUUUCAAAUUUAUACAUCUGACAAGUAUUCGAGUUUCAUGAAUGAAUAUCGUCGUAGACAUUAUCGCUCGAAAAAAAGAUAUUGGAGGAAAUUUUUUGUGCCAACAAUAAUUAAGACAAUGUGGGGGUCAUACAAUAUCCUAAUUGACAUUUUGUCUAUUCUUCCGCUUCCACAAGUAGCAAUUCUCAUUAUCUUUUCAAAAAUGAGCGACUUGAGAUCUUUGACGGCAAUAAGGAUGGUUAUCAUGAACCUUUUUGCUUUAUUGCAAUAUGUGCCACGGGUUCUUCGCAUCUACUUAUCAUGUAAAGAAAUUAAAAUGACUCCUAAAAAAGACACUGGAGUGACUGCCAAAUGGGUUAAAGGUCUCUUGCAUUUCUUUAUGUACAUCCUUUCUUGUCAUGUACUUGGUGCCAUAUACUACUUUUUUGCUAUUCAAUGUAUGGCCACUUGUUGGCAUAAUGCAUGUCGCAAAGCAAAUGGAUGUGACACUAGUACUUUUGGAUGUUAUGAUCACCACACAGAUAGAAAUAUUACAUUUCUAAAUGAUUUAUGCCCUAUAAGUCCAGUGAACACAACGCUCUUUGAUUCUGGUAUAUAUAUUACAGUCCUUCAAUCUGGUAUAAUGGGAUCAACAAAUUAUUUUCAAAAGUUCUCAAAUUGUUUUUGGUGGGGACUGCGAAAUUUGAGUUCUCUUGGUUCAAAUCUUCAGCCUAGCGUGGAUGGAUGGGAAAACCUCUUUGCAGCGUUCACCUCUAUAAUUGGAUUGCUUUUAUUAUUAUAUCUCAUUGGAAAUUUGCAGACAUACAUGCAGUUGGGUACUCAAAGAACAGAGGCGCAUAGACACAGGAUGAACAUGGAACAAAAGAUGAAAGAGAAAGAUAAAGAGACGGACUUGUGGUUAUCUGCAAAUUGCAUCCCCAAAGGCUUGCAUGAGGAUAUGAAGUUGAAGAUCAUGGAGAAGGUACAACAAGAAGUUGAAGAAAACAGGAAUGCUGAUUUGGACUACAUCCUCUCUAUUCUUCCCUUGGAUCUUCAGUCAUAUAUUAAAGAUUGUACGCCUAUGGCUAGGUUGAAUCAAGUGCCCAUGUUGCGAAACAUGGAUGAAGAUGUGUUGAGAAGAAUUUGUCCGUAUCUUGAGCGCAGGGAGUUUGAUGACAAUUCUAUCAUUAUUGAAAAGGGUGAACCACUUGAUAUGAUGCUAUUCAUUGUGGACGGACUUGUAUCCAUUGAAACGAGAGAUGGUUCUUCUUCUUCUAAUAAUAAUUUGCAGCAACGACCUCGACGUGCAGGAAAAGUAUGUGGAGAAGAACUUCUACUUUGGCCAUUGUCGGUAUCAUAUCCUGACAACGUAACCUUGGCAACCGAGUCUGCUAAGGCAAUAGGUCAUGUUGAAGCCCUUGUUCUCACAGCUAGAGACUUGCGUAGAGCGUUAACUUUUUAUCAAAUAAAAAAGGACUAUUUGGUUGGGAUGAUGCGUAGAACAUUUAGUGCAAAAGAACUUGAGAUGGCAACAGACAACUACCAUCCAAAUAGAAUCAUUCGUCGUAAAGGGAACUAUGCAUCCUUUUACAAAGGGGUACUGCCAGAUGAUGAUAAAACAGUGGUUGCGGUAAAGAAGUACACAACUAUUUAUCAUCAAUAUGCAGCUAUUGAGGCGGCUGUUGCUUCUCAGACCAACCACAUAAAUGUGGUGAGGUUCUUAGGUGCUUGUGUGGAACCACAGCCACAAGCACUGGUUUUUGAGUACAUUCCCAAUGGCACACUUUUUGAGCACAUUCAUAGAGAAGCAGCAGCAGGCAGCUUUGAAGGAUCAUCAUCGUCACCAACUGCUCUACUUUCAUUGGACUUACGACUCAAGAUAGCGUCAGAAACAGCUGGAGCACUAGCUUACUUACACUCACUCACUCCGCCAAUCAUACACCUAUUUUUGUCGACAAAACAUAUACUAUUGGAUGAUCAUUACACUGCAAAGUUGUCUGCCAUUGGACAGUGGCAAAUAACUUUUCGGGAAUCAGAUUAUUUAAACCAAGGAUACUUUGACCCUAAUUUUGAAUUAUACUGUGCAGCAGAAAAGGGUGACGUCUAUAGCUUUGGAGUUGUCCUGGCGGAGCUACUAACAAGUCAAAAGCCAGCUUCUCCUUACAGAGGGGAAGAGCCACCCCUGGCAACCUGUCUUCUAUCCUCAAUGGAAGAGGGUCGCUUGAAUCAAAUUCUGGAUGGUAAAAUAAUAUUCAAUGAAGCAACUUCUGAGACGGCCAAAAAGGUGGCAGAUCUGGCAAAAAGAUGUUUAAGGUCAAAAAGGGAGGAAAGGCCUUCCAUGGAGCAAGUAGCCGUGGAGCUUGAGGGAUUGCGCAAAUUUAUGGCAGAGUAUCAAAGGGGAGAACCCAGUUUCUCAAACAGCCCAACCUCUUUGCAACCGUAA